CAUGUAUUAAGCAGUCAAAUGUAGGGGACCCAAGGCUUGGCGGGGAGGCUUUCUACUUGUGUCGAGUGUUGGUGUAUUUGAUAUCAGAAGACAUUCGGGCAUUAAUAUAUUCACAGUGUAUAUGCAUCAUGGCUGUCAACGUUCCUGGAUUAAUCUCUGUUGCGGCGUUCUACCUCCUCAUCCUUAUUAUCGGCAUCUACGCCGGAAGGAAGAGCACCAAGUCAAAGAGUCUGACAGAGCUCUUUCUCGCAGACAGAAACAUAGGAACUGCGGUGUCUCUCUUCACCAUCACAGCUACCUGGGUCGGAGGUGGGUACAUCAACGGCACUGCUGAGAUAAUAUCACUGCAGGGAUUAGCAUGGACCCAGGCUCCAUUCGGGUAUUCAGCCUCUCUUAUGAUCUGUGGCUACUUCUUCUGCCCUAAGAUGAGACGUGCCAAAUACGUGACGAUGUUUGAUCCCUUCCAGGACAGAUACGGCACACGUGUCGGUGCACUCAUGUGCAUUCCACAGUUCAUUGCAGAUCUCUUAUGGACAGCAGCCAUUCUCUCAGCGCUGGGCGCAACCGUACAUAUCAUCCUGGACCUGGACGAGACCAUGUCCAUCAUUGUGUCUGCAGUCAUCGCCGUCCUGUACACCUUUGUGGGUGGACUGUGGUCAGUUGCCUGCACCGACGUUGUCCAGCUCAUCUGUCUGGCCGUGGGCCUGAUAAUAGCUGCUCCAUUCGCCAUGACUCACCCGUCCGUUGACCUCACCAGUGUUCAGGACAAAUGGCAAGGGGAGAUAAUUCCUGGACAGAUAGGAAUUUUUAUAGAUCUCUACUGCAUGAUCACCCUUGGUGGUACAACGUGGCAGGAGGCUUACCAGCGAGCACUUGCGUGUCGGACCCCCGAGCAGGCCAGGUCGUCCACCAUGAUUGCUGGCAUCUUCUGUCUGCUGUUGUCUGUGCCCCCUGCCGUUAUUGGAAUAGCCGGAGCCGCAGCUGAUUGGAACGCCACAUCCUACACGGGGGAAGUCCCUAUCCCCCCAAACCAGAUGGGAAUGAUCCUGCCCCUGUCCCUCCAGUAUCUCUGCCCCCUCCCCGUCGCCAUCGUUGGUCUGGGUGCCGUCUCCGCUGCGGUCAUGUCCUCAACAGACUCCAGCGUUCUCGUCACAUCGUCCGUCUUUACCAAGAACAUCUACAAGACUCUUAUUCGCACACGGGCUUCUCCUCGGGAAAUGAUCUGGGUGAUGCGAGUGACCAUCAUUGUGGCCGGAGCAUUAGCCACCAUACUGGCCAUUGUGGGGAGAAGCGUCUACAGUCUGUUUGUCCUAUCCUCGGACCUGAUGUACGUCAUCCUCUUCCCCCAGUUCGUCAGCGUUCUCUUCACCAACUCCGCCAAUGCCUACGGGUCUCUGGUUGGCUUUAUCACAGGGUUUGCACUCCGGAUAUUAGCCGGGGAACCCCUCAUCCACCUCCCCACCUGUAUACCCUUCCCGUUCUACACGGAGACUGAUGGCCAGAGGUUUCCUUACAGGACCCUCAUCUGUCUUAUCACGUUUGCUGUAAUAUACAGCGUGUCUCGGUUGGCUGAUGUGUUGUUUGACAGGGAAAUUCUGCCCUCAAAAUACGAUGUUUUGAGACGAUCGAAAGACAUACAGAGGGAUGAGGCUGCGGAAGCUGAGGAAAUGCUUGACAAGGGAACUGUAAUUGACAAGGAACCUAUACUUGACAAGGGAAAUAACUUCUAGCGAGGCAGAUGUGUUUAGUUUAAAGUAUCCUAAGGGAGCUUGCAAAUCUAUUCCACCAAAUCACAAUAAUGCUUUUGGUAAUUUCAAACUGUUAUCCCCGCAAAUUACAUUGGAAAUACAUUUUUUCAGAAAUUAAUAAAGCAAUUUUCUGCAGAUU